UAUACUUAAAAGGCUGUAGUGCUUCAGCGAAUUAGAUGGCAACAUCUAAUUUUUCAAUUAUAUUAUCCAAAUGCAUUGCAGUUAUGUUUCAGGAAGAUAGUACGAACUGGUCAUAAACUAUUACAGGAUUACAUCGAUACAUUACUCAUUAUAACAAUAUGGUAAACUGCAAAAGUUCAAGAAAAAAUGAAAAUAAUUGGGAUUAUUUUUCAAUUAAAAACAUUUUACAUGGAAUUGCAUUGGUACUCACGUUCACGGCGCACGCACUGCACGCAUUAAAAGCCGAAUCCAUCGUCGUCGCUGAAUUGGAUUGUCCGGAAUCCACUACGUGCACGACAUGCACCAAAAAACCUUUGUGCAGCUGGUCCGUCGAACUGCAGGCGUGUGCAAACACAAAACUGCUGCGAGCACCGCAAAGCAAUCUGCAGCAGCUGAUAAUCCACAACGAAACGCGCUGUCCGCGGUUCGAGGCGGUCAACAAAUCGUCCGUGGCCGGCGUGUCUUUCAAGUACACGGUCAGGAUAUCGAACGACGCGGAGGGCUCGGUCACGGCGUUCCUGGCGGGCAGUACGAUCACGUGUUGUAUCGAGUCCUGCGACUUCCGGGGAUCGGUGGUCGACGACUCGAUCGUGUGCGUGGCGGUCCGCGCGCCCCGGUCGUACUUCGCGGACGGCGCGACAGCCCUGAUCUCCUACAUCUACGUCAUGAUCGGCGAUAGGAAACUGCGGUUCGACGACGACGCCGACCACUACUACACCAUCUACGACCGUGACUGCAGCCCGGCGACUUCCGCUGCGGAAGCGAACGAUUGCGCGACUUGCCUUUGGACGGACGGAGGCUACAAACACUAUUUGAAAUCGUGUCCGACCGGCGACCCUUGCACGGGACCGUAUUGGGUGUACGACAAGCGGGACGCGGACGGCAACGAGAAAUUGCGGUUCGCCGACGACGACUUGGUGCGCGUACGGUGCGCCGAAAUCGGCAUCCUGUCGGUGCGACCGCUGUACGCGCCGCGAACCGGCAGCGGCACCACCGCGAUGACGAUAACCGUCCGGAACCACCGGAUGUUGGCAGAAAACAGAACGGUGACGGUGGCCGUUGCCGGACGCCGCUGCGAGGACCCGGUGACGUACGACGACCGGACCAUCACUUGUUCCGUACCGCAGCAUCAUCCGUCGUCUGCAGUUGCCGCAGCCUCCUCCGCCUUCGCUGGUCCGGUGGAAGUCGUGUACACGCCAACGUCGUCGUCAUCGUCGUCGCGGUCGUCGUCGACGACGAGGGCUACGCGGUUCGCGCUCAGAUCGUCGGAAACGGUCGGUUUCGUCGAUCCCGAGACGAUUAGCGUGAGUCCCACCUGCGGACCGGCGUCCGGCGGCACCAAGUUGACGGUGCGCGGCCGAUUCCUGGACGCCGGCAACGCCGUUCGCGUGUCCGUCGUCAGCACAGAACCGGAAACGACGGCUGAAACGGUCGUCAUGGCGUGCGACACGGUGUCGCGCGACCGGCACACGAUCGUCUGCCGGACCAAUGCCACAGUCGUUCGCCAUCGCGAAAACAGCAGUUUCCGUUAUAACGAGUCCGGAUCGGCACGAGUGAAAGUCCAGUUCGACGGAGGUCCGAUAAGAUACGUCCAGAGUCCCGCUUCGUGGACGGUUUGCGCUGCCGGUGACGCUGCGUUGGACGCGGGACAGACUUUCGCCGGAACGGUUUCCGGGGGCACGGCGGUUCCGGUUCGCGGCAUACGUUUUUCGUGCCUGACGGACGCACAGUUUUACGUGAGCGACAGGGACGGCGGCGCCGCUACGUACCAGCACGCCGCCGGCUGCCGAGUGGCCAACGACACGUACAUGGAGUGCCGUUCGCCGGAUAUGCGGCACGCUUCGUCGUCCGUCGGCGUCGUACCCGCGACAUUUCCGGAUUUCGGUGUUCGGGCGCGGUAUUGCGGAGAGGACCGCGCUUCCGACUUGCCGGUGCAGCUGCAGCUAUUCCGGUCGUCCGCCGUCCGCAGUCCGUUUUCCCUGUUCGCCGAUCCCGUUUACGUCGAUUUCGAGAUCCGCGACGGCGCUAUCGUGAUCAGUGGCGGCGGCCAAUCAUCGACCUCGGGCCGGGGCUACGCGUCUCCGGACGUGACCGUCCGAUUUGGAAACUCGACGGGUGCUUGUCAAGUCACGUCCGUGUCACGGCACGAGAUCGUAUGUCGGCCUACCUCCACGACCGCGGCCACUGUUCUCGACCACCUCCGACGCGUCGUAGUGACCGUGGGCGGCGAUGGAGGGUACGCGUGUGACGUGCACAAAAAGUUCACCGAACACCGAAAAGACGGUCGCGGCGGCAAGUUACUGCUGUUCGCUGGCGUCACCUUAUUCUCUUGUUGCAGGGACGUCGCUAUCGUCUCCGCGGCGGUGCUACUAAUAGUAUCCAUCAUAUGUGUCUUGUUGCUCCGCGCCGUUACGAAAAAUCGAUACGUAAUAAGCGUGGACACCUGAUAUUAAAGUUAUCAAACAUAUCAACAAAAAAAAGUCAAGUCUGACAUCGUUAAUAUGCUUCGGUUUCCACUUUUGAUGCUGCAGGUAUUUGGUAGACAAUUGGAUUUAUUUGGUAUACUGUUUGAGCAAGAUUCAAAAGUAAUAGGCAGAAUUUUUUAAAACUUAAGCAUGUAGGUACAUUUUUAACGGAGAAAAAUCAAUUUUGAUACAAAAAUAACUAAAUUAAAUAAAUUAUCUGAGCAGUACUUAAAAGUUGAAACUAAAUAAAUACUACAAAAUGCUAACUUCUCACGAUUGUACAUUUGUACAUAGAAAACUUCACGCUGAGGCUAAUUAUGAUAAUUUCAUUACCUAUAUUAUCUACUCAUGUAUUUACAUAAUCGAUUCAAGUUUUAAAUUCAAAAUUUCUUUACAAAUUAUUAUUAUCAAUAAAUUUCACGAAAUUAAUAAAACAUCGAGAUUUUAAAAUCAACACGAUGUCAUCAAUUAAAAAAAUUACAUUUUUUUAUUUACUUAUAUUAUGAUUGUAUUUAAAUAUUAUGUAUAGUUUUUAUCAAAAUGUUUAGUAUUUAAUUAACUAUAAUGACUACAUUACACAGGUCGCACCUUCAUUUGUAU